UAUCUGUCAAACACAAGUUAUACCAAAAGAGUUGAGCAUAAUAGAAAACUUUAUGUAAUACUUUGUGAAUAAGGUAUUGCAUUGGAAGAUGUAGCAGUUGGAAUUAUAUACAAAUAUGAUAUUAUAUCAAAUGUGAGAACAGAAGAAACUGUUUAACUUGAAAGCAUGGAGAAGAGAGGUAGUGCUGAACUUCUGAAUGUUGAACAAAACAAUUCUAAAAAUGCCAGCUCCGAUUCUCUCAAUUCAGACAGCAAGAGCAGCUCUCUUAAUUCUAAGAUGGGUCAAGAAUCGGAAAGCUGGGAUAAAGCAUCACAUUCCAAAAGUUUUUCCUCAAGCUCUACUUCAACAGAUAAUAAUAUUGUCUCUGCUUUAGAAGCGAGAAAAGACAAUCAAGUAAAAAAUUUAUCUGGUGGAGAGACAGGCCCACCGCUUUUAAAUGGGGAACGUGUACAAGGCAUUGCUCAUGAAGUGACUUAUGUGUGCCCUUAUUCAGGACCAGUCAGGGGAAUUCUUAGUAUUACAAAUUACAAACUUCACUUUCGAAGUGUAGAUCGUGAAACGCCUUAUGUAGUUGAAGUACCUCUAGGUGUUGUUAGUAGAAUUGAAAAAGUUGGCGGUGCGUCUAGCAAAGGCGAAAAUUCUUAUGGCAUUGAAGUCUUCUGUAAAGACAUGCGAAAUCUUAGAUUUGCUCAUAAGCAAGAAAAUCAUUCCAGAAGAGAUGUUUUUGAGAAACUUCAACAGUAUUCCUUUCCUUUAUCUCAUAAAUUACCCUUAUUUGCGUUUGAAUAUUCCGAAACAUUUUCUGAAAAUGGAUGGAAUGUUUACGAGCCAAUAGCGGAACUAAAACGAAUGGGAGUAAACAAUGAUAUGUGGAAGAUAUCGAAAAUCAACGAUAUGUAUUCGAUAUGUGACAGUUAUCCAGCCGUCUGGGCAGUACCUGCAGCAGCAACUGAUGAAGAUUUACAAGCAUCGGCAGCAUUUCGAAGUAGAGGGAGGCUUCCGGUACUGUCGUGGAUCCACCCAGAAAGUCAAGCAACAAUAACUCGUUGCGCUCAACCAUUAGUAGGUGUUGGUGGUAAACGCAGUCGCGAAGACGAGCGAUACGUUCAGCUAAUAAUGGACGCCAAUGCACAAAGUCAUAAACUUUUUAUCAUGGAUGCCCGACCAAUGCCUAACGCAGUGGCAAACAAAGCUAAAGGUGGUGGUUACGAGAGUGAAGACGCUUAUCAAAAUGCAGAGCUCGUAUUUCUUGAUAUUCAUAAUAUACAUGUAAUGAGAGAAAGUCUUAGAAAAUUAAAAGAAUUAUGUUUUCCGACAAUUGAUGAAGCCAGAUGGUUAUCAGGAAUAGAAUCUACCGUUUGGUUAAAGCACAUAAAAUACGUACUUGCGGGUGCACUACGAAUUGUAGAUAAAGUUGAAAAUCAUAAAACUUCAGUGUUAGUGCACUGUUCGGAUGGUUGGGAUAGAACAGCACAGCUCACAGCUCUUGCCAUGUUAAUGUUAGAUCCAUAUUACAGAACCAUCAAAGGUUUUGAAGUGCUUAUAGAAAAAGAAUGGCUUAGUUUUGGUCAUAAGUUUCAACAGAGGAUCGGUCAUGGUGACGAACAUCAUAGUGACGCAGACAGAUCUCCGGUAUUUUUGCAGUUUAUGGACUGUGUGUGGCAAAUAAGUCGUCAAUUUCCUAAUGCGUUUGAGUUCAACGAACAUUUUCUAAUCACUAUCCUCGAUCACUUGUAUUCUUGUAGAUUUGGAACAUUUCUCUUUAGCAGUGAACGCGAAAGAGUUCAGGAACAAGUGAAACAAAAAACUGUUUCCUUAUGGUCAUAUACAAAUAGUCAGUUAUCAUUGUAUCAAAAUCCUUUGUACUGGGCUGCUCCUAAUUAUCAACCGGUUUUAAUGCCAAUUGCUAGUAUGAGAUACAUUAAACCAUGGAAAAGUCUGUAUUGCAGAUGGAAUCCUAGUAUGCGACAGCAGGAUCCUGUUUACCAACGAACGAGAGAAUUACUAGUUUUAAAGGAACAACUCGAAAAACAACUCGAGGAAGGCCGUCGUGAACAGGCUAGUCGAGCAAAUCGAUCAAUGACAUCACCGGCACCACCUAGGAUACAUUCCCCAGUCCAUUCGUAGCACGACAAAGAUACUUUU